AGAAGAAAAGACAGCAGCAGGAACUGACUAGAAAGCAACCUCCAUGGUUUCUUGCUCUGGCCAAAACCAAAAGCUCCGGUGCCAUGCUAAUUGCUAUGUAAGGGAGCUUGAAACGAGAGAAAAUAUAGAGAGACACGACCAACAUGAAGGAAUACAUCACAGCAGUCCUGCUGCUGUUCAUCCUCAUAUUCUCUGUGGCCGUCAUCAACUCCAACACAGGUGGUAAAACCUCCCCUGUUCUCACCUUCCUUCUUUCCCCUGCCACAUCCUCUACCAGCGGCUAUCUCAAGACUGCAUCAGAUGCUCCAGCAACAAGGAAGUGGAGGAAAGAUGGAAAGACGGGCAGGUGGGAGAAGAUGGAGGAAGGUCUAGCGAGGUCGAGGGCGUCCAUCAGGAGGGCGAUCCUGGAGAGAAACUGCACUUCUCGGAAGCGGCAGAGUUACAUCCCCAGCGGCUCCAUCUACCACAAUCCCUACGCUUUCCAUCAGAGCUACAUAGAGAUGGAGAAGAGAUUGAAGAUAUGGAUCUACAAAGAAGGUGAACCUCCCAUGUUCCAUGAAGGCCCAUGUGGGAAUAUAUAUUCAAUAGAAGGCCAAUUCAUCAGUGAGAUGGAUGAGAAUGGACCUUUUGUCACCAGGAACCCCGAAGAAGCCUUGGUCUACUUCCUUCCCUUCAGUGUGGUCAGAAUGGUCGGUUUUGUCUAUGAAAAGGGCUCGCUUGAUCGGCAAUCCCUACCAGACAUAACGAGCGACUACAUCCAGGUCAUAUCGGCCAAGUAUCCAUAUUGGAAUCGGACCCAUGGUGCAGACCAUUUCAUGCUCUCUUGCCAUGACUGGGCACCGUAUGCUACAAUCGGCCGACCUGUGUUCAAGAAUUUGAUCAGAGUUCUGUGCAAUGCCAACUCCUCCGAAGGUUUCUUCCCAACGAGGGAUGCCCCUCUCCCAGAAUUCAACAUGGGGCAUAAGCUUCCGGUUCCUGUUGUCGAUCCAUCGCCGCUUUCUGCAAAAACCAUGCUGGCAUUCUUCGCCGGAGGCAACCAUGGCGUAGUAAGAAAAAUUCUCUUCAAAGAAUGGAAAGACAAGGACCCACAGGUUCAGAUCUUCGAGUACUUACCAAAAGGCUUAGACUACGGAGAGUUCUUGAGGAAGACCAAGUAUUGCCUCUGCCCAAGUGGGUACGAAGUCGCCAGCCCCAGAAUCACAGAGUCGAUACUCGCCGGCUGCAUUCCGGUGCCGAUCUCCGACAGCUACGUGCUCCCCUUCAGCGAUGUGCUCGACUGGACUCAGUUCUCCGUCCCCAUUCCGGUGUCAAGGAUACCUGAAAUUAAGGAGAUUCUCAGGGGCAUUCCGGAGAGCACGUACUUGAAGUUGCAGGCGAAUGUGUUGAAGGUUCAAGGGCACUUCGCUGUGAAUCGCCCUGCUAAGAGGUUUGAUGUCAUGCAUAUGUUGUUGCAUUCAAUAUGGCUCAGAAGACUUAAUUUGGGACUUGAGGAUGUCUAAUGUUCAUCUUCUUUCCUGUUAUGUAUUCUUACAUUUCAAUUAUAUAUGUGCAGUUCCACAUUGACAGACAACCAAGAUUCCCUAAACUGAUUGAACUUUAGUAACUUGAUUUCCCUUU